CUCUAAAACAAAAUACUUCAUUUGUAUGAAGUUGUGGCUUGGGAAGAUCGCCAUAUCUAUAUCCUCCACCACGAGACCUCUAGAACAUGCCCACCUUGCAGUUCGAAUCUGUCUUUUCGGUCGCACCCUCAAAGUCCAUCCCUCUAAGAGUGUUCUGUACGUUUCCUUAAGAUACGCGAGUACCUGAUCAGUAUCCUCCUUUCAACUAGGGCUCGAGAGAUCACCGGUUAUUAACUGCCAGCUUUCAAAUCAGGCUCGAGAGAUCACCUGUUAUAAACAGCCAGCUUAAAAAUCAACGGGCACAAAGAAUAUGGGGAAACAACAUAUUCCAAAGCCUGUAGAGAGGGAGGGAGAUGAUGCUCAGAUUGUAAUUGAACCGGGUUCAAACACUUCAUUAAAUAGUGAAAGACGUGCGAGUUACAACCUACCCAACGAUGCGACGAGAAAUCCUGUGGUUAAGCUUCUCAAAAGAGGGAAAAAGGAAACACCGUGUGAUGACCAAGGAAUCCCAUUGCAUUUGGAUGCCGAAGGUAGACGCCGUCUUAUAAUUGUGAGGAAAUGGGCAAAGUACUUAGAUACAGCCAUACGCAUACCAGGGCUGGGCUGGGAAUUCGGGAUCGAUCCUAUUGUCGGCCUAAUUCCAGGGUUUGGUGAUUUGGUGGGUGCAGGUUUGGGGUCUACUGUUAUAGCAUUGGCUGCGAAAUGGAGACUACCUAAAAGGGCUCUGGUGCGCAUGACUAUCAAUCAGGGAAUCGAUUUCUUCGUCGGGAUCAUACCGUUCUUUGGAGAUAUAUUCGACUUUGUCUUCAAGGCCAACAAGAUGAAUUUGUAUAUUAUCGAGUGUUACAUCGUUGAUGAAAAGAGAGCUCGAAGCGCUGACGGGAAAUUCUAUUGCUGCCUGCUUACCACCAUGAUAUCGAUGUGGAUAAUUUUCUUCGCUAUCAUCGGCUUGAUCAUCUGGGGGAUUAUCGCAUUGGUCAAUAGUUAGCACGUUGCUACCAGAUGACAACCGUGUACUUCAAAGUAUACUAUACCAUACUACUGGGUCACCAUCGUACAUCGAGGAGUCUACAAUAAUGGAACAUUCCUCUAUAGUUUCAGUUACAGGGAUAUCAUCAGUCAGGUAUAUUAAUCAAGGCUGAUUUGGUUGGAGCACAGCCACUCCUGAAUCCAAUUGUAAAAAAAUAGCCUAGACCAGCUAUUAGUCUGCAUAUAUUUAUGUCUGUCAGUAUUCGACAGCGGCAAUGGUUGAUACACAACAAGGAUCUGCGCACAUCAUCAACUAUUGGGUGAUAGCGUACCAAUUUAAGAGUCCUAAAUAAUAUUAAAACAUUACCAUUAAAAUACAUUAAACAACAUUCUUCAAGUUGUUAAUGGCGGCGUAUUGACGAUCACUUGCCUUCCGUAUCUCAGGUUUCGAACCUCGCUGGCAAAAGAUGUCUCUGUUUACACGCGUAUAUUGUUCGCUCUCUAUGGUCAUCACAAAAAUAAAUGACGUUAUUAAUUUCACGGCGAAUACUGUAGAAC